UUCUUUGCCCAAGAUUCUGAUGGAAGAACAGCUCAAAAUGAAGGGAUGGACAUGGAGUCGAUGAGAACAUCGGAAAAGUCAGACAAACUGUCAAUAACAAACUCCUGGGUUUCCUUCGAUGGGUUGUGGAUUGUAAAGAACAUUUUUCCUCUGGUCCAAACAUGGGAAUGGGGAACCACGUCCAACUUCCUCUUCAAGAUCCUAGAUACUAACGUUCCGAGCAGCAUGGCAUCCAAAGAGAAGAUUCACCUGGUAGAUGCUGGGUUAAAGAUCAACUCUCCCUACCCCCCCGUCCUGCGCACAUCCAGGGAGGUCGACCUCAUCAUCUCCUUGGACUUCAGCGCGGAAGACCCCUUUGAGACUGUGUUUCGUGCCAAAAAGUAUGCUCUUCAGCAGAAGCUCCCCUUUCCCCCAGUGAAGGAGAGUGUGAGGGUGGAGAAAGACCAUCCGCAGGGCUGCUACGUUUUUGAGGGGCGACGCCCUGAAGAGCCCACCGUCAUGCACAUGCCCCUGUUCAACCUGCAGAACUGCCAAGACGAGGAGGAGAUUAAGAAGGAGAGGGAGAAGUACACAACGUUCCAGCUGCCCUACGGUGUGCCUGAGAUCGACCACCUCCUGAAGAAGGCCAAGGACAACUUGAAGAACAACAAAUACAGGAUCCUGGUACAGAUCAUUAUGGCUGUCAAACGCAGAAAGAAUCGCAAGUCUGUGGCUCAAUAGUCUUUAUCUGUGGUGUAAAGUACUACAAUAUUUUCUAUUUAUAUUUGACAACUUUUACUUCACUACAUUCCUAAAGAAAAGUAUAUAUAUUUUUUACCCCAUACACUUUCCCUGACACAAUAGUAGCCUACUUAUUACAUUUUGAAUGCUUAGCAGGACAGAAAAUGUAUAAUUCAAGCACUUAUCAAGAGAACAUCCCUACCUGUUAGUCCCUGCUGCCUCUGAUCUGGUUGAGUGAUUAGAAGCACCUGCUGCUCAUCUGUGUUCCCAACAAAUGCUGUCUUGAAUUAAAAAGAUUUGUACCUACACACUGGAGAAAGCAGAAACGUCUGUGUAUGCUAUCCCUAAUGCAUUAAACUUGAUUUUCUUUGAGUGCAGACACAUCACACCCUUCCUCUGAAUUUGCAGUUUUUACGCACAAUCCAAGCUUCUGGGAAAGCUCGAUUGUCCCUGUGAUUAGGACUCAAU